AUUGCUCGGCCCGUGUCACGUGUAUUGCUCUCCUGCAGUUGUUGAACUCCCGGGUUAGUUCAAUAGUAAAAGGAUCGUUUGACAGCAGUCUUGUUUUUCUUGCUCUGCAGCCCUCUUGUAAUUUUUUUCCUGCACCAGAGGGAUGGGGUUGGACUGGAUUGGAUUUGGCUACGCAGCUUUAGUAGCUUCUGGUGGAAUAAUUGGCUAUGCAAAAGCAGGUAGUGUCCCCUCUUUGGCUGCUGGUCUUCUUUUUGGUGGGAUAGCUGGACUUGGAGCAUACCAACUGUCUCAAGACCCAAAGAACAUUUGGCUUUCUCUGAUUGCUUCUGGAACCUUAGCUGGCAUUAUGGGAAUGAGAUUCUACAACUCAGGGAAAUUCAUGCCAGCAGGAUUGAUUGCUGGCGCAAGUCUGGUGAUGGUUGGAAGACUUGGGCUGAAGAUGUAUGACAAACCCCACGAAGGAUAACAGGCCGCUCUCUGUGGCUAAGAAGACAGCUCACACAUCAGCUCAAAUAUGCCACGCUGAACUCACCAAAGCACAUAUCCUGAUUUUUUAAGUGACCAGAUGCAAAUGUGUUUGUGAAUAUAGACUUUUUUAUACAAGCAUUUCUUUCUCCAUUCCAGUAGGAACUAUUGAUUAGUAUAGUGUUCUGACCCUCCUCGUUCCACACCAAAGCACACUCCGAGCCAGAGAUAAAUUACGGCCUUUAAUUAACAGACA